GUUCCCAACUCAUCCUAACCUUUGCGCUAUCACAAGCCUCACGGCUGCAUACUUUCAUUAGGUAUGCCAUAGCUUAGCUUAAACAUUAAACAUCCGCCUGAUCUCAAGCACACAUCAAUAACAACCUCGAGAUGAAUAUUGAAAUAUAAACUACCACAAUCAACCUCUUAACCCAUCACCAAAGAAACCUCACCACCAAACACCCAACACCCAAAUCCAGCCAUGCAAUCCCUCCGCACCCGCCGCCCCUUCACCCACGCCUCCUCCUCCACAGACUCCGACUCCGACUCCUCCCCCACCGCCCUCGACGAGCAAGAACAAGAAGCCCUAAUCCAAUCCCUCGCCCACCAAAACGACGCCCGCAACGCGCAAUUCCGUCUACUCCUACUCGCCCUACCCCUCGUAUCCGCAGUACCGUAUCUCGUCGCCCUGACCCAAGCAUACAGUAACGGAAACGGCAACGACAACGGGAACGGAAGUGGAAACGGAAACGGAGGCAGCGGGAGCGACCGCAUACGCGCCCUCCUCAGCCUAACCAGUCUCGCCGCCACAGCGUGGAUGUUAUGGGCGCUGCCGCCGGGGGUCACGGGGAUACGCGGGGUUGACGGGUGGAUUAGCAAUACUAGCGGGAAGGAAAGUGAGAGUGAGGGUGGUUCCAAGGGCACGAGGAGGAAGCAGUUGGACAAUAUCCCCGAGCGAUCCAACGCCAUCAACGCGCCUUUCUGGGCGGAAGAGCGUCGCAACUCGCCGCUGGCGGCGUAUCUACCGUAUCUGAACGUAGCUCUUUGCGCGGUACUGGUACUCGCCGGGCUCGUAUCGAAACCAGGUGCUUCUGCGGAGGGACAGCAGCAAUGGGGUCACGUUGGACUGAGCAACUUACCCGCCGUCGUGUACGGGGUCGUGAUAAUCGCCAAAAUAGUCAUGGGCGGCGUGGACCCGGAGAGAGAUCUAAGCGCGCUGCGGUACGAGUAUAAGGGGGCUUAAUACGUGAAUACUAUAAGGCGUUGCCGCAAUAUCUACAUAUUAAUGCAUCACUGUAGUAGAUCACAAAAGCGAAGUUAUAAGGCAAAUAUUUUUUUUAUUCUCGC